AUCAUAAUAUAACGUUUUAAUUUUUCUUGUUCAUUUAUUUUAAAAUGUUUAAAUGCGAGCAAUGUUUUUUGAAAUUCGUAUACAAGUCAAAUUUGAUCGCUCACCGAAAAACACAUCUCGAAAUGUUUAAAUGUCGACAAUGUCCUUCGGAAUUCACUUUAAAACGUAAUCUAACUAGACACGAAAAAAAUCACAACGCCGAGCGUAUCCCGUGUAUUAGGUGUGGUAUUACGUUCAGUUAUAAGGCCAGUCUCAAUAAACAUUUGAAAAAUGCUCAUGGUAUGUAUUUUUGUAUCCACUUUAAAUAUUUAUUAUUAUUAUAUUUCAAAUGUUUUAUCAGGUAUAGUACAAAUCGCGCCACACGUUUUUGUACCAGACUUACAGCCUGGUCCAUCAUCCGUUCGUAAAGAUUGCGUAUCAACUGCACGAGAUAAACAAAACGUUCGCUUAUCACCCAUUCAAGAUAACGCGAGGGACGAAUUGACGAGUAACGCGAAUGAAUGCUGGGAGGUUCUAGACGACAUUGAUCUUUUCGGACAAAAUGAUCGCUUAUCACCAGAACGAGAUAACACGAUGGACGAAUUUUGGAGUAACGUGAAUGACGCUGAAUGCUUGGAAGUUCUAGACACCGUUGAGAAUCUCGGACUUUAUGAUUCUCAAGAUUCAUACACUACGCUCGUUAAUGGCAAACGUGUCUCCAGUGCAAAUACAACGUCGGCUGUUAGGCUAAAAAAAUUACGUUUAAAUCUCGUAAAGUCUUCGGGAUUUACACAAAUCUCUACAUCAUCUAAUCAUACAAUUACCUGCUUGAGGCGACAUAUAAUAUACCGAAUGUGGAAUAUUCAUCGGAAAACCGUGCUUUUAAAACAUCGGCUAAGGCGAUUUUCUGUGAUACCGGAGUACAGGAAAUUGUCGAAGAGGCAUUCGCUAAAUUAA